GGUUUCCCUUUCAGUCCCUUCACGUUAUUUGCAAACCCCGUCUUUUUAAACCUCCCCGUUCCUCUCCAUUUCUUGGAGUUUUGAUUGAAAGCUCACAAUUUGGUGUAUAUACUCUUCAACUUCAGUUUCAUGAUGAGCUGAGAAUUUGGUUGGAUGGUCAAUGAUUCUCAAUAUGUGAGGGGGAAAACCAGUAGAAGGACAUAGCCUUGCGUGUCUUCCAUUGGGUGAAAGACCAAUCUUAACUUUUAACUCCUCCAAAAGGGUUACUGUACUUUUAUUGCAUCAGUUUCAGUGGGCAAGCCAGAAAACCAAGCAGUAUGCCUAUAAGGCAGAUGAAGGAGAGCUCAGAACAACACCUUGUGAUCAAAACCCAAUUGCAAAACACCAUGAACCCAGUUGAAAGAACACCCAAAACCUCACAAAGUGGUAAAGGUCCACCAGUUCAAGAGCCUCAAAACACAAAACCCCAUUCUCAAACAUCACCGACAACUAAGAAUAGGGGGAGGAGAAGAGGAAGAGGUGGUAGAAAGUCUGACCAAGGAGAUGUUUGUAUGAGACCAAGUUCAAGGCCUUGUACUGUGGCCCACAAGCCUGUGAAUCCAGCUGGUGAUGUCAUGGCUACUGCCACGGAUGGGUCUAUUGAGGAUGGCGACAGUUUGUGUCAAAUGGAAUUGGGUUUCCCUACCUCUAGAAAGUCUUUAAAUUUUGCAGCUAGGCCUGGUUAUGGGCAGCUUGGGAUAAAGUGUAUUGUGAAGGCAAACCAUUUCUUUGCAGAGUUACCAGAUAAAGACCUGAACCAGUAUGAUGUCACCAUUACUCCUGAAGUGCCAUCAAGAACUGUUAACAGAGCUAUCAUGGCAGAGCUUGUGAGGCUGUACAAAGAAUCAGACCUAGGAAUGAGACUGCCUGCUUAUGAUGGUCGAAAGAGUCUGUACACAGCUGGUGAACUCCCUUUUGCUUGGAAAGAGUUCUUAAUUAAGCUUAUAGAUGAAGAAGAUGGAAUUAAUGGUCCCAAAAGAGAGAGAAAAUACAAAGUUGUAAUUAAGUUUGUUGCACGAGCAAACAUGCACCACCUGGGACAAUUUCUUGCUGGUAAGCGGGCAGAUGCUCCACAAGAAGCUCUGCAGAUUCUUGACAUUGUCUUGAGAGAGCUCUCCAUGAAGAGGUUCUGCCCAAUUGGGAGAUCUUUCUUUUCACCCAAUAUUAGAGCACCACAAAGACUUGGUGAAGGCUUGGAGUCUUGGUGUGGUUUUUACCAGAGUAUUAGGCCUACCCAGAUGGGGCUGUCUCUGAAUAUUGAUAUGGCUUCAGCUGCAUUCAUUGAGCCUCUACCUGUAAUAGAGUUUGUUGCCCAACUUCUGGGCAAGGAUGUACUAUCAAGGCCAUUGUCUGAUUCUGAUCGAGUGAAGGUUAAAAAGGCUCUUAGAGGAGUGAAAGUUGAGGUAACCCACCGAGGGAAUGUGCGGAGAAAAUACCGUGUUUCAGGAUUGACAUCUCAACCUACCAGAGAACUAGUGUUUCCUGUAGAUGACAACUCAACAAUGAAGUCAGUUGUUGAAUACUUCCAGGAGAUGUAUGGCUUCACCAUUCAGCACACACAUUUACCUUGCCUUCAAGUAGGAAAUCAGAAAAAGGCAAACUAUUUACCCAUGGAGGCCUGCAAAAUUGUUGAGGGACAGCGAUAUACAAAAAGAUUGAAUGAGAAGCAAAUUACAAAUCUUCUAAAAGUUACAUGCCAAAGACCAAGGGAUAGAGAAAAUGAUAUUUUGCAGACGGUUCAGCAUAAUGCUUAUUAUCAAGACCCUUAUGCAAAGGAAUUUGGAAUUAAGAUCAGUGAAAAAUUGGCUUCUGUUGAGGCCCGAAUUCUUCCUGCUCCUUGGCUAAAAUAUCAUGAAACUGGAAAAGAAAAGGAUUGUUUACCUCAAGUAGGUCAAUGGAAUAUGAUGAACAAGAAAAUGAUUAAUGGGAUGACUGUAAGCCGAUGGGCAUGCAUUAACUUCUCAAGGAAUGUGCAAGAGAGUGUUGCACGUGGAUUUUGCAAUGAACUUGCUCAAUCGUGCCAAAUCUCUGGCAUGGAAUUCAAUCCAGAACCUGUCAUACCAAUUUAUAAUGCCAAGCCUGAGCAAGUGGAAAAGGCUUUGAAGCAUGUUUAUCAUGUAUCCAUGAACAAAACUAAGGGAAAAGAUUUAGAGCUCCUACUAGCUAUAUUGCCUGACAACAAUGGAUCAUUAUAUGGUGAUCUCAAGCGCAUAUGUGAAACUGAUCUUGGAUUAAUAUCACAAUGCUGUCUCACAAAACAUGUCUUCAAGAUCAGUAAGCAGUACUUGGCUAAUGUGGCCCUCAAGAUCAAUGUUAAGAUGGGUGGGAGAAACACUGUUCUUUUGGAUGCCAUCAGCUGCAGGAUACCAUUAGUUAGUGAUAUACCAACCAUAAUAUUUGGAGCGGAUGUGACUCACCCUGAGAAUGGAGAAGACUCCAGCCCAUCAAUAGCUGCUGUGGUAGCUUCUCAAGAUUGGCCAGAAGUGACAAAGUAUGCUGGUCUAGUUUGUGCUCAAGCCCACAGACAGGAACUCAUACAAGACUUGUACAAAACAUGGCAGGAUCCUGUCCGUGGCACAGUUAGUGGUGGCAUGAUUAGGGAUCUCUUGAUAUCUUUUAGAAAGGCAACAGGGCAGAAGCCGUUGAGGAUCAUAUUUUACAGGGAUGGUGUAAGUGAAGGGCAAUUUUAUCAAGUUCUACUUUAUGAGUUGGAUGCAAUCCGGAAGGCCUGUGCUUCUCUAGAACCAAACUAUCAACCACCCGUGACUUUCAUUGUUGUACAAAAACGACACCACACCCGUCUGUUCGCUAAUAAUCACAGGGACCGAAGCAGCACAGAUAAGAGUGGGAACAUUUUGCCUGGCACGGUCAUUGAUUCUAAAAUCUGCCACCCUACAGAAUUUGAUUUCUAUCUCUGCAGCCAUGCUGGAAUUCAGGGAACUAGUCGUCCAGCACACUACCACGUUCUCUGGGACGAGAACAAUUUUACAGCAGAUGGAAUACAGUCUUUGACAAACAAUCUUUGUUAUACAUAUGCAAGGUGCACUCGGUCUGUUUCUGUUGUUCCUCCAGCAUAUUAUGCACAUUUAGCUGCUUUUCGAGCUCGAUUCUACAUGGAACCAGAGAUGCAAGACAAUGGGUCACAAGGCAGUGGGGGUGCAGGUCAGACCAAACGUACACGGACAGCAGGAGAGUCUGGGGUCCGGCCAUUGCCGGCCUUGAAGGAGAAUGUAAAAAGAGUAAUGUUUUACUGUUAAUCAGUACCAACAAGUGGGAAUAGCCUCCCAUUUCUAAGUUCUAACUUUCCCCUGAUAUAUAUUAGUGAGGAUUCAUGAUGCGUAUCAUUACAAAGUCUUCUGAUUCAGAUCUUUCUUAAAGGUCUUUCAUUCCAGGAUUUCUUGACUCUCUGUGGAAAACACUGAGGGAACCCCACGUGGAUCAAUCGCGCUGGAGUUCCUAUUGAUCAUGGAUGGAAUGUUAAACUAGGCUAUGUAAAGAAACGUUUAUUUAGGAUUCAAUCAAAAUGCAGGAAAUUUUGGCCAUGAUAUCUGGAAACUGUGCACUCCACCCCAUUCUGAAACAUGUGCUACAUAUUUGAGGAGUAAAUAUGUAUAUAUACUAGUUUUUAAGCAUGAGAACUUGGUGCUUUAAUAUACCUAUUUCUCGUAU